AUGGCCCGAAUUCCGCAAGAGAUAGUCAACGGAAGUCGCACACCGACGAAGAGAGAAGCCCUCCGGACGGUCAUGUCUCUCUUCGACCCACUAGGAUUAGCAUCACCCGUCACCGUGCAAGCGAAAGGCAUUUUACAAGAAACAUGGCGAAUCGGCAUCGGCUGGGACGAGAAAUUGCCUGAGAAGUUAGCCGAAGACUGGACGAAGUGGACACAGCACUUAAUCAAUUUACGCCAUAUCAACGUGCCACGAUGUCAUCCGGAGCUGAGCAGCGCGUCAUCCAGGGAACUGCACACAUUCGUAGACGCAAGCGAGAACGCCUACGCCGCCGCCGUGUAUUGGAGAGUGCAAGACAAGGACGGCAACAUUCACGUGACACUCGCCGUAGCUAAGGCGCGAGUUUCACCUCUGAAGAUAGUAUCUAUACCAAGACUCGAGUUGCAAGCCGCUGUCCUGGGUUGCCGGUUAGCACGUACGGCUACAGAAGAAUACCAGAUUAAACCGGACCGUCGAUACUUCUGGAGCGAUUCAAGAACAGUAUUAGCGUGGUUAAGGGCUGGUCCACGCACAUUCAAACCAUUCGUGGCGCAUAGAGUCGCGGAAAUAGAAGAAGAAACGAAAGCGAACGAAUGGAAAUGGGUACCUACGCGUCACAACGUGGCCGAUGACGCAACUCGAGGAGUGCCCACGGAUUUCGACACGGAACACCGAUGGUUCACCGGACCCCAGUUCCUAUACAAGCCGCAGGAAGAAUGGCCCGGGCAAGAUGAGCCUGGUGGCAUAACAACAGACACCGGAGAAGAACGCACGCACAUGGUAUACACAGGCGAUAGCAACACAACAGACAGCGGCGUACUCCCGGACAUCACACGCUUCACGUCAUGGCUGCGACUGCUACGAGCCACAGCACGCGUGUUGCAGUUCAUCGACUGGCUACGCGAAGCGGUCGAAAAUAAAAAAAACACCGCCUCACAAAACGCGGUACAUUAUCGGCGCACAGCGCGCAAUAUAGAGAAGGACCCGGCGUGGAAUAAGAAGACAGCUCGCAAAAUAGUACGGACAGCGCCGAGGUUCGACAAUAGUGAAGAAAGAAAUUUCAUCAAAUUAACUGCGGAAUAUAUACAGCGCGCGGAACAAUUGUGGAUACGGGCCGCGCAACAAGAAUCGUUCAAGAACGAAAUAGAAACACUCCGCGGUAAAGGGACAGUCGAUAACAAUAGCCGACUGAAACCACUAGCGGUGAUCGAAGAAGACGGUUAUAUCAAGUUGAAAUCAAGAAUAGCAGCAGUCAUCGAUGUUACAGACAGCAUGAAGAAACCGAUAGUCCUGGAUGGGAAUCAUCGAUACACCCAGUUAUACCUGGACUGGGUGCAUAGAACACAUCACCACGCCGGAGUCGAGUUGGUGAUGAACGAAGCUCGACAGCAUUAUUGGAUACUUCGAGCAAGACCGACAAUUCGCAGCAUCGUCAAGCGAUGUCAACUGUGCCGACUACGACGAGCUCAACAGCAUCGAUCCCGCCCACCGGCGACCAUCCGGUCAGCCGACUCGCCCAUCACCAGAGGCCGUUCACAUACACAGGCGUGGACUUCUUCGGGCCUCUUGGUGUCACCGUGGGGCGACAACACCACAAACGCUACGUCGCGUUGUUCACAUGCUUGA